AUGGCGGAAGCAUAUAUCGAGAACGACACUCAGGACAUUGAGCCUUCUGUUCGUAACGUUAUUGAUCAGUCGUCGCUUAGAUGGGUAUUUGUAGGUGGCAAGGGAGGAGUGGGAAAGACAACGUGCAGUAGCAGCAUUGCUGCACUGUUGUCACGUGUGAGAGAAAGGGUUCUUAUCAUUUCCACUGAUCCUGCUCAUAACAUUUCUGACUCGUUUCAACAGAAGUUUACUAGUACUCCAACUAAAGUCAAUGGAUUUGACAAUCUCUUUGCUAUGGAAAUUGACUCUAAAAUUGCAGACGCAACUGAAAUGAUGGAUGAUCUGGCAGAACCUGAUGUAAAGACAGUAAGCAAGAUGGUUCUGCAAGAAGUAAUUGGUGCUUUCCCUGGUAUUGAUGAAGCAAUGAGCUUUGCCGAAGUUCUCAAACUAGUAAAGGGCAUGAACUUUUCAGUGGUUGUGUUUGACACUGCACCUACGGGUCACACACUUCGGUUGUUGUCAUUUCCUUCUCUUCUGGAAAAGGGUCUUGGGAAGUUGAUGAAACUUAAAUCGAAAUUUACUGGAAUGUUGAGUCAGUUGGGAGGUAUGUUUGGUAUGUCAGGCACAUCAAGUGAUGAUUUAGUCCAGAAGUUUGAAGAACUACUACCAGCAGUGAAACAAGUCAAUGAACAAUUUAGGGAUGCUGAUCAAACAACAUUUGUGUGUGUUUGUAUUGCUGAAUUCUUAUCUUUGUAUGAAACUGAACGACUGAUACAGGAUCUUGCCAAAUACUCUAUUGACACUCACAAUAUUAUAGUCAACCAGCUUGUGUUUCCUCUAGAAUCACGCGAAGGUUAUGGAGGUUGCUCAACGUGUGCUUCUCGCAGGAGACUACAAGCUAAGUACCUUGACCAGAUAUGCGAUUUGUAUGAGGACUUUCACAUAACCAAGUUGCCAUUGCUGCCACAUGAAGUCCGAGGACGUGAUCACGUGGUCAAAUUUUCAGAAUUUCUUGCUAAACCAUUAUCACCAACACAACCAGCUAUGCCUUUAGAUGCUGCUUUGUAGCACAGAUAAGCGUAGUAUUGUUUACUGCAGCCGUCCUCCAUCAAUUGGGAUAACUGUUCCUGUUAGAUAAGAUGCAUCAUCACUGAAUAAAAAUGCUACAACCGA